CGCGAGAUGCAGGGGUCACGGUUUUCGUUGAAUUAAAAGAAAAAAAAAAAAGGAAGAUGGAAGCUGGAGGAGGCGUUGGACUAAUUGUCAACAACAAACAGAGAUCAAUGCUACCCAACAAAAGCAGAGGAGAAUUCAUUCGAAAUCAGAGGAAGGACUCGGAGGGUUUUUCUGAAUGUCCAGACCUAGAAUUUGAAUAUGCAGAUACAGACAAAUGGGCCUCUGAGCUCUCGGAAUUGUACAGCUACACAGAAGGGCCAGAGUUUGUCCUCAACAGAAAGUGUUUUGAAGAGGAUUUUAGAACUCAUGUGGCUGAUAAGAAAUGGACAGAGUUGGAUAUUGUGGAGCACAGAGCUCAUGCCAUGCGACUUCUUGACGGAUUAGAAGUAACUGCAAGGGAAAAACGUCUGAAGGUGGCAAGAGCCAUUCUUUACAUGGCCCAAGGCACAUUUGGAGAAUGUGAUUCAGAAGCAGAAGUCCAGCAUUGGAUGAGAUACAAUAUCUUCUUACUCCUUGAAGUUGGAACCUUCAUGGCCUUGGUGGAGCUGCUGAACAUGGAAAUAGACAACAGUGCAGCAUGUAGCAGUGCGGUGAGAAAGCCAGCAAUCUCAUUGGCUGACAGUACAGAUCUUCGGGUGCUGUUAAACAUCAUGUAUCUGAUGGUAGAAACCAUCCAGCAGGAGGAUGAAGCUGAUAAGCCAGAAUGGAAAGCCACAAGGGAAACCUUCAAAACAGAGCUUGGUUCUCCUCUCUAUAAUAAUGAGUCUGUUUCGGUGAUGCUGUUUGGGAUGGUGACCAAAUUUUGCAGUGGCCAUGCCCCUCACUUCCCCAUGAAGAAGGUUCUCUUACUGCUCUGGAAAACUAUUCUGUUUACUUUGGGUGGGUUUGAGCAGCUACAGACAAUCAAAAUCAAGAAGCGAGAGAUCAUGGGCCUCCCACCUCUGCCAGAGGACAGCAUUUGUGUGAUCCGUAACAUGAGGGCUGCCUCCCCUCCAGCAUCCGCCUCAGAUCUCAUUGAGCAGCAACAGAAGAGAGCCCGCCGUGAGCACAAGGCUCUUAUAAAGCAAGAUAACCUUGAUGCCUUCAAUGAAAAAGACCCCUACAAAACAGAUGACCCCCGCGAAGAUGAUGAUGAAAAUGAUGACAAUGAUAACAGUCUAGAGGCAGAGACCUUCCCCUUGGAGCGUGAUGAGGUCAUGCCUCCACCAAUCCCUCACCCACCCUCUGAAAGGAUCUCUUUCCCAAAGGGGCUACCCUGGGCCCCCAAAGUCAGAGAGAAAGACAUUGAAAACUUCCUUGAAACCAGUAGAAGCAAAUUUAUUGGCUACACAUUAGGAAAAGAUACAGACACUGUAGUUGGAUUGCCAAGGCCAAUUCAUGAAAGCAUCAAAACCCUCAAACAACACAAAUACAUCUCAAUCUCUGAGAUCCAGAUCCAGAAAGAAGAAGAAUAUCAGAAGACACCACUAUCCGGGGGAGAAGAGGAUAUUGAGCUGAGCCCUGCUGAGCUUCUAUAUCAAGGCAUGUUACCCAGCUUGCCACAGUAUAUGAUUGCACUUCUCAAAAUCCUCCUGGCUGCUGCACCCACGUCAAAAGCCAAAACUGAUUCCAUCAAUAUUCUUGCAGAUGUUUUGCCAGAGGAAAUGCCCACAACCGUGCUGCAGAGCAUGAAACUUGGGGUAGAUGUGAACAGACACAAGGAGAUCAUUGUAAAAGCAAUUUCGGCCAUUCUGCUGCUGCUCCUGAAACAUUUCAAGUUAAACCAUGUCUAUCAGUUUGAAUACAUGGCCCAGCAUUUGGUGUUUGCAAACUGCAUCCCUUUGAUCCUGAAGUUUUUCAACCAGAACAUCAUGUCCUAUAUCACUGCAAAAAACAGUAUAUCAGUUUUGGAUUUCCCUUCUUGUGUCAUCCAUGAACUACCUGAGCUGACAGCAGAAAGUCUGGAAGCAGGGGACAACAACCAAUUCUGCUGGAGGAAUCUUUUUUCCUGCAUCAAUCUGCUGCGGAUACUGAACAAGCUUACAAAAUGGAAGCAUUCAAGAACUAUGAUGCUUGUGGUUUUUAAAUCCGCACCCAUCCUGAAGCGGGCACUCAAAGUGAAGCAGGCCAUGAUGCAACUUUAUGUCUUGAAGUUACUAAAGGUGCAAACUAAAUAUCUUGGCCGCCAGUGGCGGAAGAGCAACAUGAAAACCAUGUCUGCAAUCUACCAGAAAGUGCGCCAUCGCCUAAAUGAUGAUUGGGCCUACGGCAAUGAUCUGGAUGCUCGUCCUUGGGAUUUCCAGGCUGAAGAAUGUGCUCUGCGAGCCAAUAUUGAGCGUUUCAACAGCCGCCGCUAUGAUAAGACUCAGAGCAAUCCAGACUUCCUGCCUGUGGACAACUGCCUACAGAGUGUUCUGGGACAGAGAGUAGAACUUCCAGAGGAUUUCCAGAUGAACUAUGACCUCUGGCUUGAGCGGGAAGUUUUCUCCAAGCCCAUUUCCUGGGAGGAACUUCUGCACUGAUGCUUCAGUAUCAGGGAACAUUUGAGUAAAAACACUAAAGGAUGGAAGUUUUCUGUACAAAGACAAAA